GAGUAAACAAAGGCGACACACUGGUUACGUCACAGAUAAAGAAAUUGACAUUUUUUCGUGCUAAGAUCGAGAAUAUAAUAUUUGAGAAAGUGUUUUACUUGUAUCGUCUUCACAGAGGGCCUGCGUUUGGUUCACAAUUCGCCGUUAUUUUGGAAAUCACUCCACAUGAAAGUCAAUAGAGGUAUAAGGCCUCCUCCGUGUGGCACGUCAAUCACAGUUACCACGUGGUGCGUCGGCAUACUACGGGAGUGUUCUGCGAGUGUUUUGAUGAGCUCCCCGCCAUCUUGGGAGGAAAGUGUUCUACAUUGGUGUGCAAAAGGACGUGUAGUACGCGAAAUCCACGUCCGAGAUCGGCUCCGCUUGCCUGUGGGAUUCUUCGGGAACUGCUCUACGACAUGAGUUUGGACACCCUGCUUGAAGCCGCCAAAUACAUCGAAUACAGAUCGGAAGCAAAAGCACGUGGCGAAAUCCCCCACGAUUAUCAGACCUUCGCUCUUCAGAGCAAGGCUGUCGCAGCAGAAGAGUACCGGGCCCAGCAGCAGCAGUCGAGGCAACAGCUGCUUCAACAUGCGUCGCGCUGUGACAAUAAUUCGUCGGACUCGUACUCCUCCAAUCAUUUCGACGACGGCAAGGAGAAAAGGAGGUCUGGAGGUGCUGGGACCAGGGAAGUUCACAAUAAGCUGGAAAAAAAUAGGAGAGCUCACCUGAAGGAGUGCUUUGAGACGCUCAAGAGGCAACUGCCUAACAUGGACGACAGAAAGACCUCCAACUUGACCAUUCUCAGGGGUGCCCUGCGCUACAUAACGAGCCUAAAGCGACGUGAGCGGGAGUACGAGCACGAAAUGGAGCGACUGGCGAGGGAGAAGAUAGCGGCGCAGCAGCGGCUGGCAGUUCUCAAGAAGGACCUGUCCCUGCAGCUGGACUACCUGGACAUGAGCGCCAUCCUGCCCGACCAGGACAACGAGACCACCACCACGGCCUCCGAGUGUGGUAACUACAGUGACCUGGACGAGGACCUGGAAGCCGCCCGGGACAGGUCUCUAGCACGGACCUGUCCGUCUCCCACCAGAUCGCCCAAACCGACAUUGGCUUAUUUAUGUGACGCGGUCGGUAACUCUGAAAAUGGCAAGCCAGUGAGCAGCAGCAUUGUGAAUGUCUCGAACAACAAGCCGGUGGCUUCCACCAGCAGCAUGACGUCCCUGGUGGCGAGCUACGGCGGCAGCCACCCCUCGGCCACCACAGGUGCCACCGUCGUGGUGUCCAGCGGCGUCGGGGCGGCACCCGCGCAGACGGUGGUGAACACACGGGGCCUGGCGACCCUAGGGGUGGCACCCACGCCAUCUCUAGCUAACAGCAAGUGCGCCACGGCGUUGCUGGCACCCAGCACCACCGCCAACCUGGCAACCCUGGUCACCUCGCAGCAGGUGGGAGGCCCGCUCCUCUCAAAGUGCUUGAGAGGGGGGACGGUGGGCCACACCAUGGGCUCGAUGCCCCAGGCGGCGACGACGGGCCUUGGCCUGCUGUCGCACGCGGUGACCAACAGCUCGGCCGCGACGGCUGUCCAGGUGGUCGCCAACCCGGUGGGCGGAGUCAAGGUCCUCGCUGGUCCCGCCCCCUCUUCCUCGCCGCCGUCGUCUACCAACAACGGGGGCCACCUGGUGGCCCUGACGGUGGCGCCUGCUGUGUCCACUCUGGCCCCCGUGGUCGUGGCUCCACCCUCUUCUACCCUGGCUGCGAUGGCGUCUUCAGUGGCGCCCCCGAAGAGCCUAGUGCGGACGACGAGCGGGGCGAACGUGGGGCGGGCAGGAGGCGCCGGCACCGCGCCGGUGGCCUUGGUAACAGCAGCCCAGGCCAAGUCUCUGUUCCUGGGGCCCCACGGGGUGGCCGUGACAGCGUCCCCGGUUGGGAGUGGUGGCGUGGGCGUGGCCACGACGGGCGUGGUGCAGAGGAGGGGCCUGCCGCAGGUGCUGACUCCGCGGGCACUGGCCACUAGCACCGUGCUGUCAGGAACAGCGGGCGCCCUCAAGCAGGUGCGUGCGGGCACAGCACCGGGUGGUCAGGCGCUCUCGCAGCUGGCGGCCCAUGUGACCCACGUGGCGGCGGCCUCCUCCCCCGCGGCGGCCGUGGGCCAGCUGCCACUCAUGGCACCCCUCUCGGUAGUGGGCCACCUGCCCGCCCUGCUGAGCCAGCAGUUCCUGUCGCCUGGCGCCAACCUGGGCACGCUCACUGGUGCCGCCUCGCACCACCACCACCACCACCAUCACCACCACCCACACCACGCGGCGGGCGCCGCAGCGGUGGUCAAGCCCCUCGUCGUGGUGAGCCUGCCCAACGUAGUGGCCCAGCCGGCCACGCCCACCAGCGUCGGCACCGCCCAGUGACCCCUCCUCCCGCCUCCCGCGAUUCAAUCUGCCGCCGGCACCCACCGCUGCUGUCGGUUCGGUGCGGGACUCAAACUGCAGCGUUGUUUGCCUCCUUGUUACCAUUUUCACCCACGUCGCCUUCUGUGCUGCUGUGGCUAGUUAGGCGUACCUCCUCUCUCUCUCUCUCUCUCUCUCUAUCUCUCUCUGUCUCUAACUUUUUUUCUUUUUUUUUUUUGUCACAGUUUUAUGGUGUUGUGAAUGGAAUCGGCUGUGCCCUUGUUUGUCGCGGAAUGGCGCACCCCGUUAGCUUUUCAUAUGUGCUCUUUGUACUACCAAUUGUGACUAGUUAGCCAACCUUUCUCUCCUUGCAGCAUACUUUUUUUUUUUAAUUUAUUUAUGAGACGGUUUCUUUCUGUUGCAUAUGAUGCAAUUUGGACAGUCGGCUUCUUUGGCACAACAGACAGAAGAUUAUGCGGUGAGACGUCGGCGUGCAACCGUCUAGCGACCUUUCUCUACCGUUCGGUGUCUGGGUUUCAUCCGUAGCGGUGCCUCGAAACUUCGAGGGCGGUUCGGCCCGUCCUCCGAACCUUCGUCUCGCCGGGCGCUCGGGAACCCUGGCUCUGCGACCUCUCCGUCUUCUCUAGUCCCUCCCACGCAGUGAUUUUGGCCUUUGUGGUUUGACUAGACUAGGUUUGAUGUGGUUGUCGUCAGGUGUGCCUAGCCUCCCUCUGGUGGUGCGGCGUCAUGGCUUGCUCGUCCAGUGCGUCGACUUCUUUCUCCCAGUCGAGCCUGCCGACGUUCGCCAGUCUCCUUUUUGCACUUCCAAAGGAGGAAGCUCGCUAAAUGUCAAUCUAGGCCCGAUUUUUUUCGGGUGGGAACUCCUCGGCUUUCCUGACGCCGUAUUCACGCCAUCGUCACAUUUCCUCUCGUGUUUCGAGACUGUCAGUUCUCUCCACGAAACCCGAGGGAACGGGACGGGACGUGCAGGUCCGUUUGCGGUGUCCAUCGCGGAAACGGGCACGGCAUGUGCUUCCUAGACAUCAGUGCGAACCUUCUCAACUCUCCGCCUUGAUUGCUUUCUAGUCUGUUAUUUUAUUAGUUGUGCUUCUCGGUUCGGAUAACCUCGGUCGGAGAGGAUGCUGUUCGUUGUCGUCUCUGCCCCGGAGGUGCUAAGGAUGCCGAAUCCUUCAGGGAAAGUGCUUUGAAGGAAAAGAAUCGUGCAAAGCCUGCGAGGAAUUUCGUUUAAUUGCGAUAUAAGGGAAGCUGGACUUCUGUGGCGGUGUGUGCACGAGACUAUCUCAAGAGUGGGCGAGUGCGAUGCAGGCAAAUGUAGCAAGUUGUAACCCUCUUUUGUAAUAUUUUUUUUUUUUUUUACUUUUUUUUUGUUUAAGUGAUUUUGGGACGACUUUUUGGACUUUAUUAUUAUUUAUUUUCUGGCAGAAUUGCAAAGCAAGUCUGCCUUUUCGUUUUCGUCUCCUGUAUCGCAGCAGUCUCUCUCUCGGGUUGCUUUUUUGCGUCAUUGGCAAAAAUGGAAAAUCGACAAAGUUCUCUCGUGACUGCAACUCACAUUGACCACUGUUUUGUGUUUCAACAAGACUUGGCCCGACACCUCCUGCUUAUGUCAUUCAAAAUGAUAUUGUAUCUUUGACGAGCCACGUCGCACGUGUUGCAUGCUUUUUGUUAACUAAUGACACUACAUCACAAAACAAAACGAAAAAAUUUUAAUUCAGCGGCUUUUUACGUUUACCACUCUUCCAGUCGAGUAGGAGGCUUUGGGUAGACGGUAAAUGUAGCGAUGAGAACCUGUUAGACCGUAUUCACGAUGCUUUCCAAGUCCGCCCCUUCAAGCUUCGGUGUGCGGGCCGAUAGUUACUUUAAACAUCUUCAUUUGUGAUUGUCGCCAGGUCAGCCCGAUUGCGCACUUUCAUUGUAAAUUAUUCGGAUGACUCUCGGUAUGGUUUCGUUGCACGCGUAAUUUAUUGUUUGCUCCUCUUUUUCCCCUUCUGUCAUUUUUUUUUUAGUUUUUGGAUACAGAGUAGUUUCUAAAAUGUUGCCUCUUCUUUUUCUGCAUAAUUUAUUGCGUGCGAAGGCAUGCACUUGUCUCGAAUUUCUUGUUCACAGGGAGGCGCGCAUGUGCCGCGGUAACGCGUCGCUCAGUUCCUUACCCCCGUACUGCACCUCAAGCGAUCGGAUCUGUUUGUUAGACGGGUCUUUUUGUUCCAUUGGCGCACGUCGCAACCUGGCCAGCAAAGCCAGUCAGCCUGCUGAAUCUCGCUUAGCAAGACGACCGGGCGUCUCUCCCCUCGGCAGGGUGAGGCGUCGAAAGAGGAGGACAGAUUUGCCGAAAUUAGACUGCAACGAGAGGGCGCGGAAUCUUGCCGGUGUCGGAUACGGGCGGAAUUCACGAAACACUCUGAGCAGCGUUGCACUCGGCGGGUUCGAGACGAACCCAUGCAGUAACUGUCUGCAAAAGAAAUCGUCUCCAAAGUGUGUCGCAAAUAAAGGGGGGAAUGGGGUUUCUCUUCUCCGUUUUCUUCUUCUCUGACCCGCAGUGGACAUAGGCCGCUCGUAACCACAUCACCUAAAUUAAAUGUCUUUAUUAACUCGCUCAUCAGCAACGCUCACCUCAUCUCUCUACGGCGGCCGAUCGAGCAAUGCCCUUACAGCACGCUGUGUGUCUGUGCGGUGUCUUUGUUUCUCUCUUUCUCUCUGUGUGCUUGUACAUUCUUGUUGGCAACCGUCGUGCUGCAUUGUUGAAGUGUGUGAUCCCACCUCCUUUCUUACAUUUCCAAAGGAGCAAUAUUAAAUUAUUGCGGUGCCGUUGUAAAAUACCUUGUAAAGAGUAACCAGAGUGUGCGUGUGGCUGUGUGUAUCCGUGCGUGUGCAUGUUGUCAUUCUUUGGCUGAGAGUGUAACUUAUUCGUCAGCUUUUAUUACAGGACGGCGUGCAUCGCUAACCUAUUUAUGAAUGCAGCCCUUGUUUAGGUAACGGUACUGUACGCGUUGGUGUAGACGAACGAAUGUUGACAUUCCAUGUACAUAUUUGUGUAAUAUAAAAAGAAAAGAAAAAAAAUCUUUGUUUACCAGAA